ACUGGACCAGUAUAGUGUUCAGGAUAUACCCCAUUAAGACUGGACUCAACUGGUCAGUGAUUACCUGUUUGUGUAAAGGUUUAUACUGACUGAUCUGUUACCCGUAAUGGACAGGAGAAAGUCUCGCGUGUAUAAACGUUGUGGAGCUCGGAUACUGAAAUAUACUUCACCUUAUAAGUCCAAAAACCCUCUCUCUACCGUCCUUAGGAAGAGACUGACAAAACACCGAUCUCUGUCAAUCCUUCGUUGGGAUGAUGUGACUAGAUUCUGGCGGGAGGAGAGAGAACAAGGGGCCGUGUACAAUGUCUACCUCAAGAAAGUAACCUACCACACAUUGUCAGAUGCUGACAAUGAGCAGGGUCGUGAGUUUUCCCACCUUAUGUGGGAGACUCAGAAGAUGCGGGUCAUCAAGGUUGGGACGCUGGAGAAGUUGGUAGAGAGCCUGGUCACAGUCAAAGGAGAGCUGGACUCCACUUAUGUUAAUGUGUUCCUGGCCACCUACCGGACCUUCGCUACGCCCAGAGAGGUGCUGGACAAACUCAUCGAACGGUACAAAUGGCUGAAGAUAAGCGGGCAGGAAACGACAGAGAGGAAGGAACUCCAGGAGAUCCAACAGAGGACAGUGAAGUCUGUGAUUUCAGUGUGGCUAGACACAUAUUCAGAAGAUUUCCGUGAGGAGCCAGACUAUCCUUGCCUCCACACAUUGGAGAGGUUCUCUACCCAGUACAUUCCGGACUCGGACCUUGCCAUGCGUGCCAGACAUAAGAUUGAACGCUUUCACAAGGAGGCUCUGGGUAGAUCAGAUGCUGGGAUAGAGUUCCGAUUUUCUCUGUGUGAUGAAGUUGACCAUAUGAUGGACACUGAAUACCUCAAACCGCUCCAGUUCAUGGACAUCCCCAACCAAAGGCUCGCCGAACAGCUUACCUGGAAAGAUGCAGAGCUGUUUAAGCGUGUUGUGCCGCAUCACUGUCUGGGGGCGGUGUGGGCCCGGCGAGCCCGACGCCUCGGAAAAGGAGGCAAUGUGGCUGCUAGUGUUCUCGCCACAAUUGACCAGUUCAACCGAGUUUCUCUCCGCGUCACCGCCACCAUACUCAAGAAUCGCGACAUGAAGUCCUCCCAGCGAUCCCGCAUUGUACAGAAAUGGAUAGACAUUGCUCAAGAAUUGCGACAUUUGAAAAACUUUUCGUCAUUGAAAGCAAUAAUCUCAGGCCUUCAAGCACAGGCAGUCUACAGACUACGAAGAACAUGGUCUUCCCUUCCAAAAGAGAGUAUAGCCCUAUUUCAGGAACUGGCCGAUAUAUUCUCCAAUGAUAAUAAUCAGAUCGCUUCAAGGGAAUUACUUAUGAAGGAAGCCACAGCCAAAUUCCCAGAUGUCGACUCCAACAACAAAUCAUUACGCAGAAGAAACAUGGCCAAGCGCCAGUCUUGGAUAGAAAACGGUAUUGUUCAGGGUACAGUGCCAUACCUUGGAACGUUCCUCACUGAUCUAACUAUGAUAGACACAGCUAUACCAGACUGUACUGACGAUGGGCUGAUCAAUUUCGACAAACGUCGUAAGGAGUUUGAGGUGCUUGCCCAGAUUAAGCUGCUCCAGUCAGCGGCCCAGAUAUACAGUCUUUACGAGGACCCACAGGUCUGGCUCUGGUUUGAUGCAGUCCGGGUGUAUGAUGAAAGUGAAAGCCAUGACCUUUCUUGUGCAAUAGAACCCAUGAAAGAUGAAUCUGCUAAAAUCAAAAAGAAAUCUUCUAGUCUCGGUAACAAGCCUGCCAAGUUUGACAGUUCUCGUUUUGCAAUGUUUGCAUGUGGACUAGAUGACAGGUCCAGUGUGUGUAGUAGCUCUAAUCUCGACUCGCCUGUAUCACCCACCCCUGGGAUGUCUCAUUCAUCAUCUACAUCAUCGCUGUUAUCGUAUGAUAGUGAUCCUAUGUCUCCAUUCAAGUCCUCCGACCAUUGUGUUGUCCGGGUCAGCUUCGAGUCGGGAGCCAACGCCCAUACGCAUGUGUACAAAAGUAUUAUGUUGCACAAUGCUGACCAUACCAAUAAUGUGAUCGACAAAGUCCUGGAAAAAUACUCAGUACAGGGACGCCACAAAGACUACUGUCUUCUACAGGUGCUGCCUGAUGGGGAAAUGCUGAUUCCAGAUAAAGUGAAUGUGUUUUAUGCUAUGAACAAUAGUGGUUCUGAACUGAGCUUCAUUGUACGCAGUCGAGAGGAGCAAGAUGCACGCAAUCACCAUCGGCGGCGAGGUCGGCGACGACUGAAAAAACUAAGCUUAUGACAAAGAGCCAAAUCCUCAUUCUUCCACUGCUGCUCUCGGCACUAACUCUGACCUGGGCGAUGCACGGCAUCUCUGACAUGUGUUGUGUGACAGUGCCACAUACAACAUCUUUGUUUUGGUAUUGCAAUGUCUGUGCGAUUUUUGGGACAGUACCAGUCUUCUGUCUAUGACAGAGAAGGAACUUCACCUCAAACAUGACAAGUGAUUGAUGAUAGAAGACUGUUGUUGGUGAUUACCUGGUUGCUCAACUAUCCUUGCAAAGCACUGUUCAUGUGACAAUGAGGCUUCUGGUCAUGUGACAGUGAGGCUCCUGGUCAUGUGACAAUGAGACUCCUGGUCAUGUGACGAUGAGGCUUCUGGUCAUGUGACGAUGAGGCUUCUGGUCAUGUGACGAUGAGGCUUCUGGUCAUGUGACGAUGAGGCUUCUGGUCAUGUGUCAGUAAGACUUCUGGUCAUGUGACAGUGAGACUUCUGGUCAUGUGACAAUGAGGCUUCAGAUCAUGUGACAAUGAGACUUCUGAUCAUGUGACGAUGAGGCUUCUGAUCAUGUGACAAUGAGACUUCUGGUCAUGUGACAGUGAGACUCCUGGUCAUGUGACGAUGAGGCUGCCUGGACUGCCUGGGUUUCCUACAGCUGGACGGUCUGGAGAUAGGCCCUCCAUUAGUCUAGUGUUGGUUGUGAUAUCUACUGUCCCUGUAGGGACUUGGACAGCUUGUAUGGCGUACAUGUAUUAGUUUUAUGGGUUUUUUUGUUUUUAUUUUGUUGAUGUAAUUUAAAUGAUCCCCUUUAAUCCACCCCUAUUGUUGUUAAGAUGAACUGUUGUUACCCUAGAUGUGUUCCUGUUGCCAUGUGUAAGGGUAGGUAAUCCAUGUGCCAAUGUUGUUUUAAACUGUAACCUUAUAAUUUGAUGUAUUUUAUGACCAGAAUAUAUACAGGGUAGUUUUAUAUAACAAUUAUAAUAGACAACUAGGUCUCCACUGUAUAUCUAUAGAACAAUAGGUCUCAGUAUGUAUUUAAGGGCAAUACCUGUAUUUAUAUUGUAAAAUUGAUUUUCUCCAUUUGACCUAUAUACACACAAUGUAUAGUCUCCUAUCAGUUUUAUGAAUUAAUAAGAAAAAAACAAAAAUAUAAUAAUAAUUUGCAGGUUGCUCACUUUAAAAAGAAAAAAAACUGAAUUUUUUGGCAUGAAUUGUAAAAUACAUUGUAUAUCCUAAUUUACAAAAAAAUAAUUUGUUUUGUGAUUUAAGGUGAGAAGGUUGUAUUUAAUGAAAGUUUGAGGUUGUUACUAUUUAUAAUUUUAAAUAUUCCUUUAUUUGUUAGCACUUGGUAUUUUAAUAUUUGAUGUUGAAAAAAAAAAGAAUUAAAGAAAUGUAUUGCAAAGAGAACUCUACUUCACAUCAAGAAGUACUCCUAUAUCUACCUUACUCACUCCAUACCAUAUUCAAUGUCACACCUCCAAUUGUCAUUAAGGGGAGAGAACUCAGUAUUAUACCUGUGAGAUUUAUAAAAGUGUGCCUUUUAAAGAAAAUUACACCUUAAUUUUUGGUACUAACAUUCUCCACUUUUCUUAUACAAGAAAAUUAAUCAGGUUCAUUGAAUCAGAUCAAGAGAAAAUAAAAUUGUAAUACUCUGCAUUAGCUAUAAAUAUGAAGAAAGAGAAGAAACUUGUAUUAUACUUACUCCCUAGCUGGCCUAGGUCGAGUUACUCAAUAAUGGAAGUGUAACAGUUCAUUAUUUACAAUAAAGAAUGCCUGUUUAUGAAAGUUUACAUAUUUUUUUUUUAAAUGAAAAGUAAUUUUACCAAUAAUGUCAUUGUUAAAAAAGAGAAAUAGUGACUGUGUGUCUGUAAUACUGGGAUCUCUGUGUAGAUAGCAUGGGGUUACCUGUGUGUAGGGUGACAUCCAAUAGUCAUCACUCAGGUCAGCAUUUUACAUGAGCAUGUGAUUUCUGUACACUGAGGCCUUGUCUGUGGGUAUUUGUUACGUAAUUAGUGCUGAUUAACCAUGACAAUGCUUUCAGUAGAGUUGGCAGUAUUUCCUGAAUUCUGUAUAAGCUAGUGAAAUCCUUAGCUUUCUUGGUCAAAGUCAUCCGAUACAACCAUAAUCAUUCCAUAUCAUAUGUUCAAUUCGCCUGUCAUUAACAGUCCACCCUAAUUAAAUCUAGAACAGUCUGAUCCUCUACUACUUUAUCUUCUAAGCUGACAUGAGUCCUUUUGGAAAUGUACGGAUGACAUUCAAAAUUUGUUCUCACUCAAUUUUAGGCAUUUGAGUAAUUUCUAGAUGUAUAUGGACGACUUUGAUCAAUUAGCUAUUGUGAUGUCAGUAUGCUAUUAUUUGUAAUCUUAAGCUUCUCUCUGCUCCUGAUCAAUGUUUGUUUUUUUUUUGGAGGAAGAGGAUUUGAAUGAGAUACAGAACCUAUAUAUUUCUCAGCGAUGCCCAAGUUUUAUAAACAUUGGGUUUAUUUUUAUGAAAUUGUGUCCAAGACUGUUGUCAUUUAUAUGAUAAUUUAUUUCCAACGAGGUUUGGAAGUGGAUUGAUGUAUUAGAUAUAUGUUUAUGUAAUACAGUAUGGCUAGUUCCUGUAGGGGAACUACUGAAACUAUCACUGAUGAGCUUCCUUAAAACAUUGUAUUAUCUAGUCUGUUCAUAUUACUGUCUCAUACAUUAUAACCACAUGUCUUCAGUUUUCCUGUUGAUACUAUAUCUUAAAGGAUGAUGGCAUGAACUUGUUCUUAAAGGAAAAAAAAUGUGUCUUUUUUGUUUAAAACAAAUUUGAUUUUAUGAUAAAAUAACUUAGUGAGAUUAUGUAUUUAGUGUGAUUCUCUGGUGCAGUAUUCAGGACCAGGUGUUUCCAUUAUGUAGCCCGGUUAAGUUGCCUCCAUUAGACACUGAUGUCUCAGUGUUUGUGAUAGACUAGCAUAAUAAGGCAGCAAGACAAAAUGGUGUUGAUAGGUGUAACAUGCAGUCGGUCCUGUCUACAGGGGGCAGUAACACGUAGGACCUGUCUACAGGGGGUAGUAACACAUAGGACCUGUCUACAGGGGGUAGUAACACAUAUUACCUGUCUACAGAGGGUAGUAACACAUAGGACCUGUCUACAGAGGGUAGUAACAUGUAGGAACUGUCUACAGAGGGUAGUAACAUGUAGGACCUGUCUACAGAGGUUAGUAACACACAUGACCUGUCUACAGAGGGUAGUAUCACAUAGGACCUGUCUACAGGGGGUAGUAACACAAGGACCUGUCUACAGGGGGUAGUAACACAUAGGACCUGUCUACAGAGGGUAGUAACACAUAGAACCUGUCUACAGAGGGUAGUAACACAUAGGACCUGUCUACAGAGGGUAGUAACACAUAGAAACUGUCUACAGAGGGUAGUAACACAUAGGACAUGUCUACAGAGGGUAGUAACACAUAGAAACUGUCUACAGAGGGCAGUAACACAUAGGACCUGUCUACACAGGGUAGUAACACGUAGGACCUGUCUACAGAGGGUAGUAACACAUAGGACCUGUCUACAGAGAGUAGUAACACGUAGAAACUGUCUACAGAGGGAAGUAACACGUAGGACCUGUCUACAGGGGGUAGUAACAUGUAGGACCUGUCUACAGAGGGUAGUAACAUGCAGGACCUGUCUAUAGAGGGUAGUAAUACGUAGGACCUGUCUAUAGAGGGUAGUAACACGUAGGACCCUUUCUACAGAGGGUAGUAACACGUAGGACCUGUCUACAGGGGGUAGUAACACAUAGGACCUGUCUACAGAGGUUAGUAACACAUAGGACCUGUCUACAGAGGUUAGUUACACAUAGGACCUGUCUACAGAGGGUAAUAACACGUAGGACCUGUCUACAGAGGGUAGUUACACAUAGGACCUGUCUACAGAGGUUAGUAACACAUAGGACCUGUCUACAGAGGUUAGUAACACAUAGGACAUGUCUACAGAGGGUAGUAAUGCGUAGGACCUGUCUACAGAGAGUAGUAACACGUAGGACCUGUCUACAGAGAGUAGUAACACGUAGGAUCUGUCUACAGAGGGUAGUAACAAGUAGUCGGUCCAGUCCCCCAAGGAUUCCCAUACAGAAGUAGUAACAUGUAGUCGGUCCUGUCCACCAAGGAUUCCCUUACAGAAGUAGUAACACGUAGUCGGUCCUGUCCCUCAAGGAUUCCCUUAAAGAAGUAGUUACAUGUAGUCGGUCCUGUCCACCAAGGAUUCCCUUACAGAAGUAGUAACACAUAGUCGGUCCUGUCCACCAAGGAUUCCCUUACAGAAGUAGUAACAUGUAGUCGGUCCUGUCCACCAAGGAUUCCCUUACAGAAGUAGUAACAUGUAGUCGGUCCUGUCCACCAAGGAUUCCCUUACAGAAGUAGUAACACGUAGUCGGUCCUGUCCACCAAGGAUUCCCUUACAGACGUAGUAACACAUAGUCGGUCCUGUCCACCAAGGAUUCCCUUACAGAAGUAAUAACACGUGGUCGGUCCUGUCCACCAAGGAUUCCCAUACAGAAGUAGUUACAUGUAGUUGGUCCUGUCCACCAAGGAUUCCCUUACAGAAGUAGUUACAUGUAGUCGGUCCUGUCCACCAAGGAUUCCCUUACAGAAGUAGUUACAUGUAGUCGGUCCUGUCUACUGAUGAUUAGGGUACAACCUUUUCUGGGAAUUUAAUGUUAUGCAGAUCAACACCACCAGUUAUUGGAAAUCUCAGAUAUUUUAUGUUCAGAAGCAACUUGAUCAUGAUUGGAUUAACACCUGUUUUAAAAAAGGUUUCUCUUGAUCCAGAAAGUACAAUGGAAAAUAAAUGUUAUGUCUCAUAAUGUAUUCAAAGUUUAGAAAGAUUAUGUUAAAAAUGCAUCAUGUAUUUUUACAAAUAAUUGUGUUGUUUACAACACAUACAUUAUAAUAUGUGAGGCUCCUUGAAGGGGUAUUUUGUUAGGUUUUGGUUACAACUUCAAGUUGAGGCUCCUGGAGGGGAAUUUAUGUUUUACAAGCUUAGAUUUAUCAUUUUGGGGUAGAAAAUGAUGGACUUUGUACUGUGUCCAAUAAUUAUUUUUUGUGUUGAUAUCAUGAGCAGCUAUUAGGUAUUUUUAAUCAUUAAUGUUCAACAAUGAAUAGCACAUUUUUGUGCAAUUUUCAGCAAGGCUAAUUAAACCCAUUCAUGAAAGAUAUAAAA